AUGGCAUCAGUAAUGUCUUUGUUUCGCCAACGAGUGCCAACCAGCUAUAACAAUCUUGUUAAAUACCUGGUUUCAACCUCUGCGACAAGACUGUACUCAUCUUCAAAUAGGUACUCAUCUUCAAAUAGUACGAAACGGACUACUACUUCCGCGACUCCUCCGAAACAAGAAUUACCUUUCGUACAUGUAAAUCAUAUUCAUCCUCGGGAUCUUGCCCAGAGUACUUUUUUUGCUUUACAUAGACCUUUACUGACUUUUGGAAGUGAGCAGCCAGCGAUGGAUAGUGUCCAGCAGCAGCAAGAAGAAGAAGUAUACGAAGACGAAUCCUCGAGCACCCCUAAUCCAAUGUCUCUUUCUAAUCCACUAUCUCCUUAUUUAACUUCAUCCCCAUUCCAUCCUACACAACCCACAAUAUCCGUUACAUCCACCGAAUCACAGAUGAUUGUUAAUAGAUUUUUUACCGAUAUAGAGUCAAAGGUCAAAAAAGAUGGGCAAAUUAUAUUAAAUAAUACCACUUUAGAUAGAUCAAAAGAACAAUUCUUCGAAAAUGAAGAAAUGAAAAGGCGAAAACUUAAAUUAUAUUUUACAAACAUUGUGCAAAAGAGAAGAUUGAAAAUGAACAAGCAUAAACAUAAAAAAUUGAGAAAACGUCUGCGCGCUUUAAGGAAACGUCUUGGGAAAUAA